UCUCCUAAGGGCAGAGGGCUUUGCAUCCUUCCUUUCUUAGAACUACAGGGCGGCUACUCAGAAAUGCCGGGUUUAUGUUAUCUAGGAUUGUGGAAACUUUUGUGGGCUUUGUCAGCUCAGGUCGCCCCCCCCCAUCUGUAAAUUGGCGCACUACCCCCGUGUCUAGUAAGUAGGCCUGGUAGAGAGUGUUGCCUAAGGAGUAUUAGGAAGGGUGGCAACAUUUUGAAUUACAAAGCAGCUCUCCUCUCUCCCUUUAACAACUGUCCCCUCCUACCAAGGGAGGUGGUCAUGUACGAAACCGAGUGGAACUUUAUAUUCUGGUUGUAACUGAAGAGCAAGAGGAGGCUGGGAUUGUGUUGUGCCUUUGCACGGGCAGGAUAGGAUAAGAGAAAAUGCGUUUCCUUUCUCUGCCUCUCAUUCUUCACAGGCAGAAAUAUUACAAGAGCGCAGUUGGGUGUGUGUGUGUGUGUUUGUGAAGUGCCUGUCUAAAACCAAACUUUAACCUCCUGAGGGGAAAAGGUAACACAGAUAGUAUAUGGCCCUUAAUUAUUUCCCGAAUAGUUUGCUGUUGGUCCCUGUUACUACAUGAAGGCAGAGCUGCAAUGCAAUUUGCUGCGUAAUUGCUGCUUCUCGAGUCUGAUUCUCCUCAGUUGCUGGAGCUGCUUUUAAUACUGGAAACAAGAUGAAGGCAGUGUUUGUGGCCCAGUUGUCCUCAGGGGCAUAAGAUGGAUGCAUUUGAGAGAACUCUUGGCAAAUUGUUUUUCAUCCAUAGCUGGCCACGCCCAGACUCUCCCACCCUUGUACUGUAUAAAAUCUACCUACAGCAGUGAAUUAAAACAAAUUUCCCCUCCUUCCUCGAUCCUUUCAAAGAUCAAAAGUGUGUCUGAGAUCAUAUGAAAGAAUUAGGAUAUUUCCAGACUUUCAGGUGCAGCAAUGUUACUUUUCUUUUCCUGCAGUGUUUGAUCUUUGGAGAGGAAAUGAGCUCUGCUUAACCUCAGGAUCUAUCUUGAUGCUUAUUGUGUAAGAUAGGAAUGGACGAGUAUGAAAAAUUAAUGCAGUGCCAUAGACUGGAGGGAAGCAAUACACAUGCAUUCUGGAAAUUCUCAAAUAUCCUCGUGGUUUUCUGAACAAUUUUAGGAAUAAAGAACUGAGAACAACUGGAGAUCAAGAGAUGGAGAAUAACAUAACAACCAUUUCUCGUGAGGAACUGGAGGAACUAAAAGAAGCAUUCAGUAAAAUAGAUAUUGAUAACAGUGGAUAUGUCAGUGAUUACGAACUUCAGGAUCUUUUCAAAGAAGCAAGCCUUCCCUUGCCUGGCUAUAAGGUCAGGGAAAUUGUAGAAAAAAUUAUAGCAGUGGCUGAUAACAACAAGGAUGGCAAAAUCAACUUCGAAGAAUUUGUAUCAGUUAUUCAGGAACUGAAAAGUAAAGAUAUUAGCAAAUCAUUCCGGAAAUCCAUAAACAAGAAAAAGGGAAUUACUGCAAUUGGAGGAACAUCACCAAUUUCUAGCGAGGGGACCCAACACUCUUAUUCAGAGGAGGAAAAGGUUGCUUUUGUUAACUGGAUAAACAAGGCUCUUCAUGAUGACCCAGACUGUAAGCACCUUCUCCCUAUGGAUCCAACAGAUGAUAGCCUUUUUAAGUCACUUGCUGAUGGCAUCCUCCUUUGCAAAAUGAUUAACUUAUCCCAACCAGAUACAAUUGAUGAAAGGGCUAUUAAUAAGAAGAAGCUUACUCCAUUCACUAUAUCUGAAAACCUAGAUCUUGCACUAAAUUCUGCAUCAGCUAUUGGCUGUACAGUAGUCAAUAUUGGAUCACAAGAUCUAAAAGACGGGAAGCCACAUUUGGUAUUAGGACUGUUGUGGCAAAUCAUUAAAGUUGGGCUUUUUGCUGAUAUAGAAAUCUCCAGAAAUGAAGCUCUUAUUGGUUUGCUAAGUGAUGGGGAAGAAUUAGAACAAUUAAUGAAACUGUCUCCAGAAGAACUCCUGCUACGUUGGGUUAACUAUCACCUGGAUAAUGCUGGAUGGAAGAGAAUAAGCAACUUUAGUCAAGACAUUAAGGACUCAAGAGCCUACUACCAUUUGCUGAAUCAAAUCGCACCCAAAGGAAGCAACAAUGGAGAAACGGCGAUUGUUAUUGAUCUUUCAGGCCUCAAUGAAAAAAAUGACCUGAAGAGGGCUGAAUAUAUGCUUCAACAGGCAGACAAACUGGGCUGCAAACAGUUUGUGACUCCUGCUGAUGUGGUUGCAGGCAAUCCUAAACUUAACAUGGCCUUUGUUGCAAAUCUCUUUAAUACGUACCCUGCCCUGCAGAAGCCUGAAAGCUCUUCUUAUGAUGUCAAUUUACUGGAAGGAGAAAGUAAGGAAGAAAGAACAUUCCGAAACUGGAUGAAUUCUUUGGGUGUAACUCCUUACAUUAACCAUUUGUACAGUGACCUUGCUGAUGCUUUAGUAAUCUUCCAGCUCUAUGAAAUGAUUCGUGUGCCUGUACAGUGGAACCAUGUCAACAAACCACCGUAUCCUGCACUUGGGGGUAACAUGAAAAAGAUUGAAAAUUGUAACUAUGCAGUGGAACUGGGGAAGUCAAAGGCCAGAUUCUCAUUGGUUGGGAUUGGUGGACAGGACCUCAAUGAAGGCAACCCAACGUUGACAUUGGCACUGGUGUGGCAGUUAAUGAGAAGGUACACUUUGAAUGUACUGUCGGACCUUGGUGAGGGGGAAAAAGUAAAUGAUGCAGUUAUUAUUAAAUGGGUGAAUCAGACCCUUGCAAAUGCAAAUAAGAGUACUUCAAUAACUAGCUUCAAGGACAAAUCCAUAAGCACUAGUUUACCUGUACUAGAUUUAAUAGAUGCUAUUGCGCCAAAAGCAAUCCGUCCAGAAAUGGUCAAGAGGGAAGAUCUUUCUGAAACAGACAAACUGAACAAUGCUAAAUACGCUAUAUCAGUUGCUCGGAAAAUUGGUGCUUGUAUAUAUGCCCUGCCGGAUGACUUGGUUGAAGUGAAGCCAAAAAUGGUGAUGACCGUCUUUGCUUGCUUGAUGGGAAGAGGACUGAACAAAAUAAAAUAAAGAAGAUUUUUUUUUUUUACAAAUGUUUUCUGCCAUGAUAUACACAAUGAAUGCCUCAUUGUUUACAGACUAAUGGAAUUUAGUAGCUGUAAAACAGAGAUAAUUUAUAUAAACCAAUGUGGAGAUGUAUAGAGAGACUAUUUAAUAUAAGAAUUGUUUAUAUUUAAGGUUUCAUCUGAAAAGUUUUAUAUAUCAGAAAUUUGUGAGCUAAUGUGAUGCAGUAAUCACCAGUAAGAUUACAAUGUUAUAUAGCCUUUUUUAAUGAAUAUGAUACAUGCUGUUUUCAUAGUGCACAAAUUAUCAAGAUUUUAAAGUGCUAUUUUAGGAACUGCUGUGAAAUUAAGUUUUUAUGUCAGUGUGUUAUUAACGCGUAGUCUGAAAGUCCUUGCCUUAUUAUAAGGGACUACCCAAACUCCUGUUGGAAUUUGGGCUGUAAAUUAAAAGCUUUUGAUCAUAAGGAUUCUUUCUAGGGAGUAAUUUUCAUUGCACUGAACGGGACUGACUUCUAAGUAAAAACUGAGGUUCUGACUACUAAUUGAUUCAGGCUACAAUCCUAAAGUCCCAUUGAAUUAUUUGGGGCUUACUUGGUUAGACAUGCUUAGGCUUGCACUGUUAGUAGAGCAAUCAACAAAAGUUUUAGUUGAUUAAUUGAUUUACAUUUUAAUUGUUGAGGAUGAAUUUAAUUUGCUGGAGUUGCAAGGUAAGAUCUUGGGAAGGGGGUAGGCUGUUCUGGUUCUUAUGUAUUACUAUACUUGGAAGUUAAAAAUACUAAACAAUGAGGGCAGCUGUAGCUAUAACACCCUGUUCCUUGGCCUUCAUUAAAAUACUAAGGUUGAGGUGCGAGACUGGGACACCCCUUAUCAAAAUCUGUCCCCACUCCUGCACAGUCUCCCUUGAUUUCCUCUGCAGGCAUAUGCCAUGGUUAACAAUUAUAUGAGAACCUCCUUUGUUAAACAUGAUUAAUACUAAUCAGAGUUUGCAGUUAAUUAGAAUUUAGAAAUCAAGAAUUGAAAGCUGGCUUCACAAAGAGAUGAGGGGAAUUUGCUGGGGAAUUAGACCUUCUCUAAUCCCUUAAAUUUGGUCAAAUAAUAAGACCCAGUACCGUACAUUUACAGUGGUCCCUGAGUGGUAGUUUUUGUGUAUCAAAACUUCAGUAUUGACAUCUGUAUUAAGGUUACCCUGUUUCUCCUAAAAUAAGACAUACCCAUAAAAUAAGCCAGAGCAGGAUUUCUAAGCAUUUGCCCCGAAAAUAAGACAUAGUGAUAGGCGCAGUUCUGGAGGGCCCCAGGGAAGAGGCAAGGCUGGACGCGUAAUAAAAAAUAAGACAUCCCCUGAAAAUAAGCCACUGUUGUUGUUUUUUAAGGAAAAAUAAAUAUAAGACGGUGUCUUCUUUUCGGAGAAACACGGUAGUGUAGCAUGCAGGUUCAGUUAAAUUUAGGGAGCAGUCAACAACCCUAUACCCAGGGCUUUUUCUCAGCCGGAACUUACUGGAACCUCAUUCCGGCACCUCUCAGGUGGGCGCCAUUGCCAUUGUAAGAGAACAAGGGAUGCAUUCAUGGUGAGUUCUGGCACCUCUUUUUCUAGAAAAAUAGCACUGCCUAUACCCUUUUUACAAUAUGGGGAAGAUAAGCCGGUAGAGAGUUAUCAUGGUGUAGUGGUGGCAUUUUUGCCAUAUCUUGUAGCUCCUUAGCCAUUGCAUCUUGAUUAUAGCAUUGCACCCUUAGUCAAUUUGAUUAGUAGAAAGUGUAGCUCAUUAAAGCAAAUUAAAAAAAUAAAAUUGAUUUGCAAACGUACUAUUGAAGAUGGAACUUGCUGUUUAUUUAAAUGAGUUGCAUUGCAGGGAAUUGUACUAGAUGACCCUUGGGGUCCCUUCUAACUCUACAAUUCUAUGAUUCUAUGUUUUAAAACUGAACAUCCCCUCUUGUCAAUAUUGUUCUGUAGAAAUGCUUGUAAUAUGAAACAACUUCAACAAACCUUUUCUUUAACAAGUUACUUUAAAAAAGUGACGAUUGGUUAUGGUUUGUGGCAUUGAAUAAAACUAAGCACAAGUAUAACAAGGACAAUAAGCAAAAUGAAAAUUAUGUAUGUGGAAAGGCUUUCAAUGAGAAAAUAUCCAAGCUAAAAUGUUAUAUUAAGAAGCAAUAAAGAGAGAUGGCAGGUCCAGUUUGAGGCCUCUCUUUACAUGUGAUGAGCUUUCUUAUAAAUGUUUUUAAUAUGUGUGCACAUAUUAAAAUAAUGGGAAUAUUGCUGAUUUCUCAUAGGAAAGUUAAUUAACUUGGCUCCUUAUUGCAGACGAUAUAUUGGUGAAAAGAUUCACAUUUAGACUUUGGGCACAU